GAAACGAUCACUGAUACUUAUUUUAGGACCGCGGUGCGUUUCAUGUGAAAGCAACAUAAAGCAUCGCAGAUGCACAUUGGUUUUUGUACCGAGAAUAAUCAUUUCUCGAAGGAGUCUGUUUGAGAGGCAAGUCUUAACGACAAGGAGAAUGCGGAAGAUUGCCCUCACCAUAGCGCUUGUUUUGAAUUUACAAAGGGUAAUACCAGAAUUAACGACCGCGUCAUUUGAGAUAAGCCUUUUUCAUUACUUGGACAUCACUCCUCUGGACAAAAGACUUGUUGUCGACCCCAUUGACUGCAGCUUUGCUUGUCUACGAAAUAUCUUCUGUGUUUCAUUUAACGUUGCUGCCGUUGCUAGUGAAAAAGGGAAGUAUUGGUGUGAACUUCUUUCGUCCAUCGUGAACACUGUUGAUGCAAAAUUAGUAGCAGAUCACGGAUCACACCAUUACAGCAUUUCCCAGAAUUCUUGCGGAAGUGAAAUCUGUUCCAGUCGUGGGAAGUGUACAGGAAUAUCGUUCAGAGACGGACCCUUCAAAUGCGUUUGUCAACCCGGAUAUUUUGGAAAGCAGUGUGAAACUGGUAAAAUUAAUUUUUUUUCCAGAUUUAUUUGAAUUAUUCAGAUA